UCCGAAAUAUACGGAAUGACCAUCGACCAUUAAAAGUUCCCCUUGCCAUUUGGUGAACCUUCGCCGACUCGAAUCGUACUCGUACACGAACCGAUCGGCGGUGCAAAUAUCCGUGUAUGUGUGUAUACAUUUUUCAUUCCCCCUCCGGUCUUUUUCCAUCCACACCUUCCUACUUCCUUCCGGUUCCGUCCGGUCGGUCGCGCAUGAGGGCACGCAAGCGCGUCUACAGACCCCCGAGUCGCUGUUGUGAAGUCCAUCCACCGCGCACGGGGGGUUUUCAGUCCGUGAACAUACGCGAUCGGGUUCACCUCGAAUACCGAGCGAUAAUACACGGUGUAACCUAAGCCGUCAAAUGAUUUAAAUUUUUUAAUUGUGCACGUCGAACUGUUAUGUGCGCCGAGUGCGAUCGUCGAAAUUUCAUGUGACCGAAAAAGUCACCUGCUAAUUGUUCAUUAAGAAGCGAGCUCUUCGGGCGUAACGAUGGGAACUAGAAGAUUAGCCAUAUCGCGCGCUUUUGUUUGUUGCUCAAAUAUAAUUUUCUUGAUGUCAGGCUUUGUGUUAAUGUCCUUGGGAGGAUUAUUAUUAGCCGACAAUGAACGGAUUUUAUUAUCGCGCCUCCUAGGACCUGGUGACAUUCACCCCGAUCAACCGCUCUUUUAUUAUUUGGCUUUCGCUAUAGUUGCAUUAGGAUUUCUCAUCGCCGUCAGUGGACUCCUCGGAUGCUGGGCGGCUUGUCUCUUUAAUCGCUGCAUCACAAUUUCUUAUCUCUUAACAAUAAUAUUGUUGCUCUUCGGAGAAUGUACCGUGUGCUGCAUUGCUGUUUUUUGGCCUCAUAUACUGGGGAUCGACGUAAGACCGGCACGUCUGAUACGCGCUUUGCAACGCAGUUAUGCAGUACCUGGGCGCGAGCAAUUCACGGCUGCCCUCGAUCUUGCACAAACAACAUUUGCCUGUUGCGGCAUAAACGGAAGCAGCAAUUACGGCACGUCGUGGUGGCGGCUGCAGGAAGUCGGCCGCAGAGAAUUAGUGGUACCUCUCAGUUGCUGCACCCUGAAUAACGCCAAUGAGACGGGCUCCUUCCUCAACCCCGUGCCUGCCAAUCUUACUCUCUGCCAGGCUCUGAACCCUGCCGAACAUCAAUACGCCCGACACACUGCGGGUUGCCUUGAAUAUAUCGAAAAGUGGACGCAGGAUCAGGCCCUGAUCUUGCUGGCCAUCGUAUUAGUCGUCAUGUUCGUCGAAGUCACGGCGCUCCUCAGUAUACUUCUCGCUUGUUCCCGUGAAACCAGGAGAAGCAAAUCGCAGGCGUCGACUUUCACCUCCACGCAGACUUUAAGCCCAUUCACCGAGAGUGAUCACGACUUUAGUAUAGGCAUCGAGAACAGGAUGCAUACGGCCGGAACGACGUUCGGUGCCAAAUCAUGAAGAUGGCUGGAGGGCAGCGAAG